GCCAAGAUGGCGGCACCCAUUGAAUCGCACCGUUUUGCUUAUGUGGAACUAUUAACUGCAAAACACAACAACAAAAAAUGUAUUGUGUGAAUUUUGAAGAGAUGCACAAAGUUGACUGCGAGUAACACCAUUUUAUUUUACAUAAUUUUUUUUAUAAAUGGCUGUGCAUUGAUGGUGUUACGGAUUUAUGUUGUUUUGACCUGCCGGCUUUUUUUUCUACACAUUUUCUGCAAAGCGUCGAGCAAGAGGAACUUCAUCUCCCGGCACAAUGGCAUCUGGCUCAGUCCUGCAGCCACGGUGGAAGCGGGUUUUGGGUUGGUCCGGUCCUGUCCCCCGGCCCCGACAUGGGCACCGUGCGGUUGCAAUCAAAGAAUUGAUGGUCGUUUUCGGGGGGGGCAAUGAAGGAAUUGUGGAUGAGUUGCAUGUUUAUAACACAGCGACCAACCAGUGGUUCAUUCCUGCAGUCCGUGGUGAUAUCCCGCCUGGCUGUGCUGCGUAUGGGUUCGUGUGCGACGGCACCAGGCUGCUGGUGUUCGGAGGGAUGGUGGAGUAUGGCAAAUACAGCAACGAUCUGUAUGAACUGCAGGCCAGUCGCUGGGAGUGGAAGCGUCUGAAGCCCAAGUCUCCUAAGAACGGCCCUCCUCCCUGUCCCCGCCUGGGACACAGCUUCUCCCUGGUAGGGAACAAAUGCUUUCUGUUCGGAGGACUGGCUAACGACAGCGAGGACCCCAAGAACAACAUCCCCAGAUACCUGAAUGAUCUGUACACGUUGGAGCUGCGUGCCGGCUCCAGUGUGGUGGGCUGGGACAUCCCCAUCACCUACGGGGUGUUGCCCCCGCCCAGAGAGAGCCACACUGCCGUCGUCGACACAGAGAAGUCCCGUCUGGUCAUCUAUGGAGGCAUGAGUGGUUGUCGUCUGGGGGAUCUGUGGAUCUUAGACAUAGACACCCUCACAUGGAAUAAGCCCUCGAUCAACGGAACAGCUCCUCUCCCUCGCAGUCUCCACUCUGCCACAACUAUCACCAACAAGAUGUUCGUGUUUGGAGGCUGGGUUCCCCUGGUGAUGGAUGACGUCAAAGUAGCGACACACGAGAAGGAGUGGAAGUGCACCAACACACUGGCCUGUCUCAACCUAGACUCGAUGGUGUGGGAGUCAGUUCUACUGGACUCUCUAGAAGAAAAUAUCCCUCGGGCCCGAGCUGGUCACUGCUCCGUGGCCAUCAACUCACGUCUGUACGUCUGGAGCGGACGGGACGGCUACCGCAAGGCCUGGAACAACCAGGUGUGCUGUAAGGACCUCUGGUACCUGGAGACAGAGAAGCCCCGCCCCCCGUCACGGGUGCAGCUGGUGAGAGCCAACACCAGUAGCCUGGAGGUGAGCUGGGGGGCGGUACCUACUGCAGACACCUACCUGUUACAGCUGCAGAAGUACGAUAUCCCCCCCGCCCCGGCCGCCACCACGCCCAGCGUCAGCCCCGCGACGCCACUGCCGGUCAAUUCCUCCCCCAAAAGCCCUGUCUCAGCCUCGGCAGUGUCCGUCCCGGGCCACCCUCUCCAGGGCAUUACCCUGGUCCCCUCCAUGCCUGGGAGUCCAGUUCCUGCUCGCGGACCAGCUAUUCUUAAGGUGUCUGCUCCCCAUUCCACCACAGGCGCCUCCAUCGUCACGGUGAGACAGGCCAACCAGGGCGGGAAAUCCCCUGUCAUGGUUACAUCACUUCCUGCUGGGGUCCGAAUGGUGGUGCCGGCCCAGGUCGCACAGGGAACCCCAAUGGGCGGCAGCCCUCAGAUGAGUGGCAUGGCUGCGUUGGCUGCAGCAGCUGCGGCCACCCAGAAGAUCCCGCCCUCCACGGCCACCAUGCAGUUGCCAGCAGGUGCCACCAUAGUCAAGACAGUAGCCAUGAGCCCUGGCGCACAGACUGUCAAAGUAGCUUCGCCUGUUAUGAUUAGUAACCCAGCUACUCGCAUGCUGAAGACUGCUGCAGCUCAGGUGGGCACGUCAGGUGUCGCCACACCCGGAACGCCCAAUCGGCCAAUCAUCACUGUGCACAAGUCUGGCACGGUGACAGUUGCCCAGCAACACCAGGUGGUUACCACGGUAGUGGGUGGAGUCACCAAGACCAUCACUCUGGUUAAGAGUCCCCUCACUCUGGGGGGAGGUGGCACGCUGCUGACCGCGGCCAACCAGGGUCAAAACAAAGUGAUGUCUGGGAAGGACGUGCAGCAUUGGCUGUCUAACCUGUCCAACCUGGGGAAGGUGAUGUCCGUGGUCCAGACCAAGCCUGGUCAGACAGGAGCGGUGACGGGACAGGCUGGCUCCAGCCUCCAGCAUAUCCUACAGACGAAGGGUCCUCUUCCGGCGGGUACUAUCCUGAAGCUGGUGACGUCAGCCGACGGCACGCCCACCACCAUCAUCACCACUUCCAAGGCCGGGGCCACCGUAGGGGGCAAGCCCACCAUCUUGUCCUACAGCAGCAUGCCUACCUCCACCUCCAAGCCGGGCACCCACAUCAUCAAGACCAUACCCAUGUCCUCCAUCGGACAAACAGGAGUGACAGGAAGUGGUAUGAAGUCCCCCAUUACCAUUAUCACCACUAAGAUGAUGACUCCAGGCACCGGGACACCAGGCAAGAUCAUCAGCGCAAUGCCCAGAGCUGGGGCUGGUCAGCAGGGACUCACACAGGUGGUGCUGAAGGGUGCCCCUGGACAGCCCGGAACUAUUUUACGGACCGUCCCCAUGGGAGGUGUACGUCUCGUCUCCCCGGUAACGGUUUCCGGUGUCAAACCUAACGUCACCACCCUGGUCGUCAAGGGAACCACAGGUGUGACUACGUUGGGUACGGUGACUGGCACAGUGUCGACCAGCCUGGCAGGAGGAAGUGUUGCCACCGUUGCUCCUAUCACCACCUUGGGCACCAUGACGACCCUGCCUGGGCAGGUCACUGUCUCCGCAGCACAGGCAGGAGGCCAGGCCACCCAGGUGACCUUAAUCACUUCCCCUAGCGGUGUGGAGGCUCAGCCUGUCCAUGACCUUCCUGUCUCCAUCCUGUCGUCUCCCACCUCCGCCGACCCCUCCUCCACCCAGCCCGAGGCUGGUGACCCAGGCACCGUGACCCUGGUCUGCUCAAACCCCCCCUGCGAGACCCACGAGACCGGCACUACCAAUACAGCUACCACGGCCUCCGCUAACAUGACUGGUAAUGGUGGGGUGGAGAGGGUGUGUUCAAACCCGCCGUGCGAAACCCACGAGACCGGCACCACCAACACUCAAACGACAGCGUCCUCCAACAUGGGCCAGGUACAGCAGGUGUGCACCAACCCGCCGUCAGAGACCCACGAGACCGGCACCACCAACACUCAAACGACAGCGUCCUCCAACAUGGGCCAGGUACAGCAGGUGUGCACCAACCCGCCGUCAGAGACCCACGAUACAGGUACCACCAACACCCAGACCACCGCCAGCUGUAACAUGGGAUCCAACCAGCAACAACAGGGCUCCUGUGUAACCAACAACACCAGCGGGUCUGAUCCCCCGUCCUCUCCGCCCCCCCCCUCCUCCGGAGACCUUUCCCCGUCGUCUGUUUCUGGUACCAGCUCUGUGCCCGGGGUGCUGCGACCGGAGACUCUGAGAACAGGGACCACCUACACCUCGACCACCGCACGCUCUAACAUGGGCUCUGACCAGAUGGGCAUGACGCUCAGCUCCUCGUCCUCAGAUAACCAGAGCAAGUCAUCCAGCGGAGGAGGAGGAGGAGGACCCCCCCUUACAUCUCCUGUCUGCUCCAAUCCACCUUGUGAAACACACGAGACUGGCACUACCACUACGUCGACGCAGGCCAACUCCAGUAUGGGCAUCGGGCAGACUACAGGGACGGUCCAGAGGGUGUGUUCCAAUCCGCCGUGUGAGACACACGAAACGGGCACCACCAACACCCCGUCUCAGACAACGUCCAACCUGACCGGGACGGGCACGGUCCAGAGGGUGUGUUCCAAUCCGCCGUGUGAGACGCACGAAACGGGAACCACCAACACGGCGACUACAGCCCAGCCUGGUGACUCGACACAAGGAGACAACGGAACUCAAGAGGCUCCCUCGUCGUCCUCGGCAACCACCGAGUCCAGCGCAUCGACAACAUCUGGCAGAGCCGUCACCACGGUUACUCAGUCCACACCCACACCUGGGCCCUGUGUACCUGAGAUCUCAUCAAUGUCUGGGUCGUCCGAGGCGGUGGCAUCGAGGGCUGAUGAGGAAGAGGAGGCCAUGCAGACCGACUGUCUCCCAGAGGGCACAGUGAGGGUAGUGACCCUGGAAGAGGCUGCUGCAGCUGGGAUACAUGUCCAUGUGGAGGACAUGGAGGAACAGAACCAGGGGGAGCAGGAGGGCCUUCCUGCGGAGCUGAUGUCUGAAGGUGGCUCGGGGGGCCAGCAGACCCUGAUGGUGACGGGUUUAACCCCCGAGGAGCUGGCUGUUACCGCUGCAGCCGAGCAGGCAGCACAACACGCUGCUACUGAGGAGGCUAACGCCCAGGCCAAGGCCAUACAGGCUGUCCUGCAGGCCGCACAGCACGCUGUCAUGAAUGAAGGAGACGGUGGCCAUCACACCACCACCAUCCCCAUUGUGUUGACUCAGGCUGAGCUGGCAGCCCUUGUACAACAACAGCAGCAGCUGCAGGAGGCUCAGGCCCAAGCCCAGGCUCUUGCUCAGGCCCAGGCCCAGGCAGCACAACACAACCAGGCAGCAGCAGCAGCACAACACAACCAGCCCACCGAGGGCCUGGCCCCAGCAGACAGCCUGAACGACCCAGCGUCAGAGAGUAACGCCGAUGAGCUGGCUGCUGCAGUGACCCAGGCUGUGGCCCGAUUAGCUCCGUCUUGCACCUUAACCCCCACUCAGACAAUGAUGGUGACCAGCCCGGCUAAGAUACAGGCAGCUACAACCAUGGCAGAGGUGGUCAAUGGAAUAGAGUCUGCCGCUGGGAGGCCAGCGCCGCCUCCUGCUGUGGCCAAAGCCCCGCUGAAGAAAGACAACCAGUGGUUCGACGUUGGCAUCGUCAAGGUUACCAACACGGUGGUCACGCACUACUACCUACCCGACGAAGACGCGGCUGCCGUUGAUGAUGACUCUGGAACGAUCCCGGACUACAGUCAGAUGAGGAAGAUGGAUCUCCAGCCUGGGACGGCCUAUAAAUUCAGAGUGGCUGGGAUCAACACCUGUGGCCGGGGGAACUUCUCAGAGGUCUCGGCCUUCAAGACGUGUCUACCAGGCUUCCCCGGAGCUCCCUGUGCUAUCAAGAUCAGCAAGAGCCCAGACGGGGCCCACCUGACCUGGGAGCCUCCGUCGGUCACAUCUGGUAAGAUCAUUGAGUACUCGGUGUACUUGGCCAUCCAGAGCGCCCAGAGCGGGGAGCAGGCCAAGCCCACCACCACCACCACCCCAGCCCAGCUGGCUUUCAUGCGAGUGUUCUGUGGGCCCAACCCUUCCUGCCUGGUGCAGUCGUCCAGCCUCUCCAACGCACACAUAGACUACACCACCAAGCCUGCCAUCAUCUUCCGUAUCGCAGCCCGCAACGAGAAAGGUUACGGCCCUGCCACGCAGGUCAGGUGGCUCCAAGAGAUUAGUAAAGAUGGCCUUGUAGGUAAACCUACCGUUAAGAGACCAGGUUCCUCACCUGACAUGAAACCUGCUGGUCCGAAGAAGGCCAGAUCAGACCAGUGAGCGGUUACCUUCCUCUCCCCUUGUUGACUGACUGAAUACAACACCUUCCU